AUGAGAGCAACCACCAAACCUCUACAUACCAUAUCCCUCCGAUCUACCCGUCACAAGAAACCAAGCUCACCAAACCAUCACAGCUGCGGCUCCGUCCCAGGCACCAACCCAGUGCACAUGGAAGCAGCGCGAGCCCUAGCGCAAGAAUUCCACAAGAACAACGUGCAACUAGUCUACGGCGGCGGCACAACAGGCCUAAUGGGCGAGAUAGCCCGGGUUUUAGUCUCCCUCUCCGGCCCCAAAGCCGUGCACGGGAUAAUCCCGCGCGCGCUCAUCAAAGUCGCAACCGUCAGCAGCACGCGCAACGGCCAGGCCGAGGCCACGCAAGCCGGCAAAGCCGCGGAGCGAAUCAUUGAUCCCGAUGACGAGAACGGGAUUCCCGAGUCUGAGUACGGGAUUACGACGGUUGUGCCUGAUAUGCAUACUCGCAAGAAGUUGAUGGCGACGAAGGUGUUGGAGGGUGGGCCUGGGUCUGGGUUUGUUUCGCUGGCUGGUGGGUUUGGGACUAUUGAGGAGGUUAUGGAGAUGACGACGUGGAAUCAGUUGGGGAUUCAUCAGGUUGCGGUUGUUUUGUUGAAUAUUAAUGGGUAUUGGGAUGGACUGUUGGCUUGGGUGAGGAAUGCGGUUAAGGAGGGGUAUAUUAGUGUUGAUAAUGGGGAGAUUUUGGCCGAGGCGAAGGAUGUUGCGGAGGUUUGGCCUAAAUUGCUGGCUUAUCGGGUCAGCAAUGGGCGGAUGCAGUUGAAUUGGGGACAGGAGUGA